GUGCGCGCCCGGCAAUGGGCCGUGGCCAGGCAGAGAGGAGGGGCUCCACCGAGCGCGGCGCUGAAGCUGGCAGCCAGAAAGGGGCGGGGCCUGGCGGCGAUAGGCUUUGGGGCGGGGCUUCCAAACCGGGCGACCGGGCUAGAGUGAAGGGGCGUGGGCACUCAUAAGCUAUUGGGGGAGAGGUUAAGAAACGUAGAAUUUCGCAGCCAGAAUGGGUACGUCUCAGCGAUCCUGAAAGCAGCCUUGACAGCCAGAGGCGAGUCAAGUGGAAAGGCUGGCCGGGCUUCGAGAAGGGAGGAGGCAUCGAAGUACUUAAAGGCCUGAAUCGCGCGGCGUGACGUUGGGGGCGCGGUUUCGCGGCGUCUGGGCGGACACUGCGCCGAGGGGCGGGGCUGGACGCGCGCUCCAAGAUGGCGGCGAACGUGUUCCCGUUCCGUGAUGCCCGUGCCGCACCGGACCCAGUGCUGGAGGCCGGUCCGGUGGCACACGGGCCACUGCCGGUACCGCUGGUGCUGGACAACGGGUCGUUCCAAGUCCGCGCUGGCUGGGCGUGUCCCGGGCAGGACCCAGGCCCCGAACCGCGCCUGCAGUUCCGCGCGGUGUGCGCCCGCGGUCGUGGCGGGGCACGGGGCGCGUCGGGCCCGCAGGUGGGGAACGCUCUGGGCAGCCUGGAGCCACUGCGCUGGAUGCUGCGCUCGCCCUUCGACCGCAACGUGCCGGUCAACCUGGAGCUUCAGGAGUUGCUGCUGGACUACAGCUUCCAGCACCUGGGUGUCUCCUCACAGGGCUGUGUUGAUCAUCCCAUAGUUUUGACAGAAGCUGUGUGCAACCCACUGUAUUCACGGCAAAUGAUGUCUGAGCUUCUUUUUGAGUGCUACGGGAUUCCCAAGGUUGCCUAUGGAAUAGACAGCCUCUUCAGCUUCUACCACAAUAAGCCAAAGAACUCGAUGUGCAGUGGGCUCAUCAUUUCAUCUGGAUACCAGUGCACGCAUGUUUUACCCAUCUUAGAAGGGAGAUUAGAUGCUAAAAACUGCAAGCGCAUCAAUCUUGGAGGAAGCCAAGCAGCUGGUUACCUCCAGCGUCUCCUCCAGCUGAAGUACCCUGGGCACCUGGCAGCCAUCACCCUCAGCCGCAUGGAGGAGAUUCUGCAUGAGCACAGCUACAUCGCUGAGGAUUAUGUGGAAGAAUUACACAAAUGGCGGUGUCCUGAUUAUUAUGAGAAUAAUGUCCACAAGAUGCAGCUCCCAUUUUCCAGCAAGCUCCUGGGCAGCACUCUGACCUCUGAGGAGAAACAAGAAAGGCGUCAGCAGCAAUUGCGGCGGCUGCAGGAGCUCAAUGCCCGGCGGCGGGAGGAGAAGCUGCAGCUGGAUCAGGAGCGUCUGGACCGACUGCUAUAUGUGCAGGAACUUCUAGAAGAUGGCCAGAUGGAUCAGUUUCACAAAGCUCUGAUAGAGCUGAAUAUGGACUCCCCAGAAGAGCUGCAGUCCUACAUCCAGAAGCUCAGUUUAGCAGUGGAGCAGGCUAAGCAGAAAAUCCUCCAAGCGGAAGUCAACCUCGAGGUGGAUGUGGUAGACAGCAAGCCAGAGACCCCUGACCUGGAGCAGCUGGAGCCGUCUUUGGAAGAUGUGGAAAGCAUGAAUGAUUUUGAUCCCUUGUUUUCAGAGGAAACACCUGGAGUGGAGAAGCCGGUCACCACUGUUCAGCCCGUGUUUAACUUGGCAGCAUAUCAUCAGCUAUUUGUUGGGACAGAAAGAAUUCGAGCUCCAGAGAUUGUUUUCCAGCCAUCUCUCAUAGGAGAAGAACAGGCUGGGAUUGCAGAGACUCUUCAGUACAUUCUGGACAGGUACCCAAAGGACGUUCAGGAAAUGCUGGUUCAGAACGUUUUCCUCACUGGCGGGAACACGAUGUAUCCUGGCGUGAAAGCCAGAAUGGAGAAGGAACUGUUGGAGAUGAGACCCUUCCAGUCUUCUUUUCAGGUUCAACUUGCCUCGAACCCUGUGCUGGAUGCCUGGUACGGUGCUCGUGACUGGGCCUUGAACCACCUAGAUGAUAGUGAAGUUUGGAUCACCAGGAAAGAGUAUGAAGAAAAGGGAGGAGAGUACCUCAAGGAGCACUGUGCUUCCAACAUCUAUGUCCCCAUCCGCCUGCCGAAGCAGGCCUCCCGCUCCUCAGAUGCCCAGGCAUCCAGCAAGGGCUCCGCUGCUGGUGGAGGUGGUGCUGGUGAGCAGGCAUAGCAGAGGCCCUCCAGAGAGACUGCCCUGCACGCCAUGCCUUGGGCCACGUUGGCAGUGUGACAGGACUGUGAUUGUGCUAGAUGUACCUGUCCAAGUCUGCUGGUCACAUUUGGCAGCAAAAUGGAUUUCUCCUGGGGAGAACAAAGUUAAGGGACACUGAGACCUGCCCUUCAGAAUUCGGUUCACUUGGGGGCUUCUGUGGUAGAGACUAACUGGCCUUCUGAUGUCUUUGUUCAACUGUGGCGAGCUGUGGCAUCAGCUUCCUGGAGCAGUAAAUGAAGACAGAGUGGAGGACACAAAUGUACAAAAUGCACAAGACUGAUUUCUUACCACAUUUUAGUCUUUCUUGUUUUAAAAAAAAUUCUUUAAAAUUUAUCUUGUCCGUGUAGAUACUUUCUGGAUGUAUUCAGAAAUUGCAUGAAUGCCCAGUGAGGGGAGGUCUUUCGUGCAUAUAAAAAGGUUAUGUUUAUUGCCGGGCACAGUGGCACAUGCCUGUUAAGGCCCAGCUUUGUGGGAGGCUAAGGCAGGAGGAUCGCUGGAGCUCAGGAGUUCGAGGCUAUCGUGUGCGGUGAUCGCACCUGUGAAUAACCACUGCACUCCAGCCUGGGCAACAUAGGAAGACCUUGUCUCUAAAAAGAUACAUUUUUCAUAAAAGGUAAUGUUUAUUCAAUAAAAGCAGUUGCCUCAGGAACCGGAAAUAUUUCCCUCCUCCUAUUUUUUCCCCUUACAGAUAAGGAGAAAAGCCCAGAAAGUUACCAGCAUGUGAGGUCACUCUGCAAGCCAGGGACUUGCUUGGUGCCAGAGCCAGUGGCCCAACUUUGUUCAUACUUUCUCUGCUGUAAACUUUUCCACCAUACAAGGCCUACAAAUGUUUUAUUUCUGUCCUUCUGAGUUUGUUGGCUUCUUAACUUUUUCAGACUUUUUGGAAGAAAGAUAGACUGGAGGAGGUUUAUCCUGUAGCCUGUUCAGUUUUGCCAUAACCUCCCAUUCCCUGUACCUUCCCAGCUCUGUCUUAAGUGGACAGAUAACCCCUCACUUUCACAGAGAUUGCUUGGUGAGAAUUUUCACUCAAAGACAACCAAUUAUUGAUCCCAGAAGGCCCCUGAGCUAAUAUUGUCACCGAAUUUGUACCUUUAAAUCUUAUGGAGCCUCUAGCCCACCCCUCUGAUGAGGCCACCUUAGAACCUGUUUGCUCAUACAGUUUACCAAGGGUCAUCACCUGGAUCUCCAGCUCUCAAGGGCUUAGAAACUGCAGACCGGAAGGGAAGGGGCAGUGGUGAUGGAGAGUGGAAGACCACAGCUGACCGUAAACAAAGGAAAAAGGAAAGGUUAUCGCAAACCUAAAUAGAAGAUGCACAGGGGGAAGAUACUCCAUUGAAAAGAAAUGAAAUAAGAAAGUAAUAGAUAAGGAAAAGAGGCAAAGGAAAUUAAACUGUAGUUGAAGAAGAAAAUUUAACUAUAUUGAGUUAUGUGGUGGUGAUGGUCAAAACAACAUGACAAACUUUACCAUCUUAACCAUUUUUUUUUUUUUUUUUUCAAGACAGAGCCUCACUGUGUCGCCCAGGCUGGAGUGCAGUGGUGCAAUCUCAGCUCACUGCAACCUCCGCCUCCCGGGUUCAAGCAAUUCUCCUGCCUCAGCCUCCCGAGUAGCUGGGACUACAGGUCUGUGCCACCAAGCCCAGCUAAUUUUUUGUAUUUUUAGUAGAGAUGGGGUUUCACUGUGUUAGCCAGGAUGGUCUUGAUCUCCUGACCUCAUGAUCCACCUGCCUUGGCCUCCCAAAGUGCUGGGAUUGCAGGCGUGAGCCACUGCGCCCAGCCCAUCUUAACCGUUUUUAAGCGUCAAGAACAGGGGUGUUAACUCUGUGCACAUUGUUGGUCAAAAGAUCUCCAGAACUUUUUCAUCUUGUAAAACCACACUCAAUACCCGUCAACUCCCUUCCCCCUGCCUCUGUCCAUCCCCAGCUCUUUGCAACCACCAUUCUACUUUGUAAGAGUUUUUCUUUAGAUACCUCACAUAAGAGAAGCCAUACAGUAUUUGUUGCUUUGUAACUGGCCUAUUUCACUUGGCAUAAUGCCCUCAGGCUUCCUCCAUGUUGUGGCAUGUGUCAGAAUUUCCUUCCCUUUUAAGGCUGAAUAACAUUCCAUCGUAUGGAUAUACCACAUUUUCUUUCUUUACCUUCGAUGGACAUUUAGGCUGCUUCCAUUUCUUGGCUAUUGCAGGCAAUGCUGCAAUUAACAUGGGAGUGCAGAUAUCUCUUCAGGAUCCUCAUUUCAAUCCCUUUGGAUAUAUACCCAGAAGUGGGACUGCUGGAUCAUAUGGUAGUUCUAUUUUUAAUUUUUUGUGGAACACUCAUCCUGUUUUCCAUAGCAGCUGCACCAUUUUCAUUCCCACCAUCAGUGCAUGAGAGUUCCAGUUCCUCCACAUCUUUCUUCACCAACUCAUUAUGCUGUUUUAUUUUUUGAUAGUUUCCUCAUUUACUAUCUUUCAUCUUUUUGAUAAUAACCAUUCUAACUGGGAUAAGGUGAUAUUUCACUGUGGUUUUGAUUUGCAUUUCCGUGAUGAUGAGUGAUGUGGAGCAUCUCUCUGUUUGCUUAUUGGCCAUUUGCAUGCCUUCUUUAGAGAAGUCUCUAUUCAUGUCAUUAGCCCCUUUUUUAAUCGGGUUAUUUCAUUUUUUGUUGAGUAUAGGAGUUCUUUAUAUACUCUGGAUAUUAACCUCUUAUUAGAUACAUGGUUUGCAAAUAUUUUCUCCCAUUCUGUAGGUUACCUUUUCACUCUUGUUUCCUUUAAUGUGCAGAAGUUAAGUUUGAUAUGGUCUCAUUUGCCUGCUUUUGCUUUCAUUGUCUGUUUUUGGUGUCAUAUCCAAGAAAUCAUUGCCAAAUUCAAUGCCGUGAUGCUUUUUCCCUAAGUUUUCUUCUAGGAGUUUUUCAAGUCUUAUAUUUAGGUUUUAUCAACUACAUUACGUUUUAUGUUGAAGAAAAAACAAUGGAACAGAAUUAAUGUUUAAACUGAUAAUAAAAUUUUCUUCCCCUACAAAACAAACCACCCUGAAUAUAAAUACUGUAAGGACACUCUGUGUGCUUGGGAAAGUUGACUCAGAGGUGUCAGAUCCUAGUGAAACGAUUAGAUUUUAAAGAUAAAAGAAGUCCUCUCGGGCCAGGAGUGGUAGCUCAUGCCUGUGAUCCCAGCUCUUUGGGAGGCUGAGGCGGGCAGAUCACUUGAGGCCAGGAGUUUGAGACCAGCCUGGCCAACAUGGCAAAACCCCGUCUCUGCUAAAAAUACAAAACUUAGCCGGGCUUGGUGGUGCACACUUGUAAUCCCAGCUACUUGGGAGGCUGAGGCAUGAGAAUUGCUUGAACCCAAGAGGCCAAGGUUGCAGUGAGCCAAGAUCGCACCACUGCACUCCAGCCUGGGCAACAGAGCAAGACUGUCUCAAAAAAAAAAAAAAAAAGUCCUCUCAGCCUCCA